UGCCCCUUUAUCCUUAGCACCUCCUCGCCUUCUCCUCACGGCGCCGUCCAACGAGGGCGAGAAGAAAAAAUGUGUGCAAGUUAUCGACCAUCUCUCGAAGGAAUAGAAUGUUUCAAUCUUGGUCGUUGCCUGAUGGAGAAGAAGUGGUGGGGUAUGCGUUCCACUACAAGAACAAACUGGAGAAGGAGAAGAGGAGCCGGGAGUGGAGGAAGCCUUCAUGGCUGGAGCCGCUGCUGAGCACAAAGUUCUUCGGGCUGUGCGACGGUCAUAAGGAGCUGAGGAAGAGCGAGGAGAAUACUUACUGCAUUGAGUGCAAUCGGUGCAUGUGUCCCCACUGCCUCCUCCGCUCCUCCGCCCACCACGGCCAUCGCCUCCUCCAGAUCCGUCGCUAUGUCUACCAGGACGUGAUCCGCAUCGCUGACAUGCACAAGCUCAUGGACUGCUCCAAAGUCCAGCCGUAUACUGUGAAUAGCGCCAAGGUGCUGCUGCUAAACCCCAGGAAGAACUGCAAGCCAACCAGGAUGCACCCCGGCGGCGCCACCUGCCGGAAAUGCGGCUGGACUCUCACCGCACCCAAUCGCUACUGCUCCCUCGCUUGCAAGAUAUCUGAAGUAGUGGAUGAUGCCAAUCCAUCGUGUGGAGCUGACGGUGGAAGCAUAGCUGGAGGCAACCAAAUCGAGUCACUCUUCCAGCAUUUGACGGCGGACGUGGAGACUUAUGACAUGUCUUCCGAUUCCAGCGAAGGGAGCCAUGGCCGUCGCAUGGAUGCAUUAGCUCCCAAGGCCGCCAUUCGUCGGAGGAAGGGGAUCCCCCGUAGGGCUCCCAUGCAUUGAACCGAAAUCCUCACACCUUCCCUUUCUUAAAAAUAAUCAAUGAUGACUUCCCAUAGGAGUAAAAAAAGGGGAGGAGUGAUCUAUUAAAUGUGGUGUUCAUUUUACUAUAUGACGGCGAAUGGGCUAGCUAGCAUUUUGUGCAUUCUAUGCGGUAUUCUGGUGGGCCCGGCCGUGCGCAUGUAAUUUGGCUGUACAGCAUAAGCGGGAUGGGGCCCGGUUGUUGUCGAAACAAUUUUCCAAUUUUAUAAUUUUAUUGCUGUCAUUAUUAA